CUGUGGGCACAGAACCAGAUGGUAUGAACAUCUUGGGCCUGGUUCUCUUUGCCAUGGUGUUCGGUGUGGCACUGAGGAAGCUGGGAGAGGAAGGGGAGGAGCUCAUACGCUUCUUCAACGCUUUCAAUGAAGCCACCAUGGUGCUGGUGUCCUGGAUCAUGUGGUACGUCCCGUUCGGUAUCAUGUUCCUGGUGGGUAGUAAGAUAGUGGAGAUGGAGGAUGUGGUUCUGUUGGUGACCAGUCUGGGGAAAUACAUAUUUGCCUCCGUCCUGGGUCAUAUCAUCCACGGGGGGGUCAUCCUGCCUCUCAUCUACUUUGGGUUCACACGCAAGAACCCCUUCAGCUUCCUGUCCGGCCUCAUCACGCCCUUCACCACCGCCUUCGCCACCUGCUCCAGCUCGGCGACCCUGCCCUCCAUGAUGAAGUGUGUAGAGGAGAACAACGGAGUGGACAAGCGGAUCAGUCGUUUCAUCCUUCCCAUCGGAGCCACCGUCAACAUGGACGGGGCGGCCAUCUUCCAGUGCGUCGCGGCUGUCUUCAUCGCUCAGCUCAACAACAUAGAGCUCAACGCCGGUCAGAUCUUCACCAUCCUUGUGACAGCCACAGCGUCCAGUGUGGGCGCAGCGGGCAUCCCAGCCGGGGGCAUCAUCACCAUCGCCAUCAUCCUGGAGGCUAUCGGCCUGCCCACCAACGACCUGUCACUCAUGCUGGCCGUCGACUGGAUCGUGUGA